UCCAUUGUCAUAGCCAUGGAAUGAGACUGAUGCUGCUUAAAUAAACAGCUCACGACGCUAUUCAGAUGUGGUCCCGUUCUGUUCGUGUCUGUAUAUAAAUGGUGCCCUGUGUGAGGAGAACGUUAGACUAGGAUAAAGAAGAAAAUCUUGGAAAAACUCGGGCGCCGGAGACCCAGGUUGUUAAACAGGAGGAAUGCAUCAUUCCCUCUUUGUCUACAUCUGAUGUCUUUGUAAGUAAUCUUUUUCUAGGGGCUUCCUGGGUGACCAAAAUGGGAAAUAAUUUAUCUAAAACAGAAUGGGACGUUUUUUACCAUCUUGAGAAAAUAUUACAAGAUAAAGGACGUUCAGAUAUCUCAAAAAAUGAACUGAAAGACUUAUUAGUCUGGGUAAAAGCGAACACUCAAAAUAUAGACUUGCAGUCUGCUUUUACCUUUGGUUUUUGGGAUCAAAUAAACUGGAAAAUCUAUGAUCUGUUCUCUCUCAAAAAGGACGAGACUGUAAGGAAACUCCUGCCUGUUUCCCGGACUUUGUUAGAGUGUUUUAAACAAACUGACUGUGACACAGACAUCUCCAAACAACAUUACAAAAUAUCUUGCUCAGACCCUUUAAAUCCAAGUAAUACCGGGUCACCCUCCUUUUCUGUGGAAGUUUUGGGUUCCCCUCAGAGUUCCUUCCCUUCUGAAGCGUUGAGUGCUUUUCUCGGGAACGAUAACGGUGUCGGGUCCUCCGGAAACUGCAAAUCGGAACAGCUACCAGCUCCGGUUGUGUCCCCUGCUUCUUCCAGGCUUGUCAGCGUCUCUGCAGUUGAGAGCAGUCCUUCGCCGCUCCCUCUGGGAAAAAAUGAACUUUUGCCACCUCCUUCAGGUUCCCUCAGCGGGAUUGGAGGUGCUACUGUGUGUCUGCAAAGUGCAUCCACGAUUAACAUUACAGGUCCUGAAGGAAAGACUGCACCGGUGCGUCCUUUUGUUGUUCAGUUCAGUCUGGGGGAGAGGCAUCCUGCCCCAAUGCAGAGCAAAACUGGAAGUGGGCCUGUGAUGACAACCACAUCGAAACCUGCCACUUUAAACAUUGCCUGGAAAACCGAUCAUCCUAUAUGGAUUGACCAAUGGCCUCUAACAGAGAAAAAAUUAAAUAUCCUUAAUAAAUUGGUAAAGGAACAAUUACAGCAGGGUCUCAUCGUCCCAGCAAACAGUCCCUGGAAUUCACCAGUCUUCAUCAUACACAAGAAGACAUCGGACUCCUGGAGGUUGCUUCAUGACCUGAGGAGGAUCAAUGAGGUGAUCGAAGACAUGGGACCCCUUCAACCUGGACUCCCCUCUUUACCAAUGAUCCCAAAACACAGGUCUCUUGUCGUCAUUGAUUUAAAAGACUGUUUUUUCCACAUUCCACUUCACCCCGAUGAUGCUCCAAGAUUUGCUUUUUCAGUUCCCGUCAUCAAACGAAGAGAAUCUGUGCAGAGAUAUCACUAGAAAUCACUGCCACAAGGGAUGAAGAACUCGCCUAUAAUUUGUCAAUAUUUCGUUGCCCAAGCUUUGUCUCCUGCUCGACAGAAGUUUCCAAGAUCUAUGAUUUUACACUACAUGGAUGGUUUGGAUGAUCUAUGAUCUAUGAUUAUACACUACAUGGAUGAUUUGCUCAUCACAGCUUCAACGCAGGAAGAGAUGGAGCAAACCCGUGCUUGUGUUGUCACUGAAAUCUAAAAAGCUGGACUUGAAAUUUCUGCAACAAAAAUCCAGGAAGUUCCGCCCUGCAAGUAUCUGGGAUGGAAGAUACUGAGACGACAAUAAUGCCACAGAAACUACAGAUCCAGACCAGUGUCAACAACCUGCAAGACUUACAACAACUCUUGGGAGAAAUCAAUUGGGUCAGACCUGUUUUGGGAAUCACCAACGAUGAACUAGGUCCACUUCUCAAUUUGCUGAGAGGAAGCUGCCACAUCACUUCUCCAAGAACCUUAACCCCCGAAGUUCAUGCAGCGCUCGACAAGAUCGCGGAAGCUCUCCAAAGAAGACAAGCUCAUCGCUGCAUUCCUGGAAAACCUUUCUUUUUUGCAGUUUUAGGAGAAAAAAUGCAACUUUGUGGUCUCAUUUUUCAGUGGGACCCUUCUGAGCCAGAUCCUUUGUUGAGAAUAGAAUAAUUUUUUCUUCCCUACAGGUCUCCAAAGACUAUUUUCACAGUCUUAGGAAUGAUUGCACAAAUUGUAAUUAAAGCCAGAACCAGAUUGUUAACUUUAGCAGGCCAAGAAUUUGCAGUUAUCUAUUUGCCAUUGAAAAAACACUGUCUUAAUUGGGCAAUGCAAAAUUCUGAUGAUUUACAUCAUGCAUUCUUGGGCUUCCCAGGUGUUUGUUCUAUUCACUACCCAGCUCACAAACUAUUGCAGGCAAAAUUGUGUUUUAGAGAAAAACCUAAAUUAAGUGAAGAACCUUUAAAUGCAGUCACUCUCUUCACUGAUGGCUCUGGCAAAAGUCACAAAUUAGUCGUAACUUGGUUGAGCCAAAAAACUAAUGCUUGGGAGUCAGACAUUCAGAUAGUAGAAGGGUCUCCUCAGAUUGCUGAGCUUGAGCUGCUGCUUUUCAGCUCUUUUCUCAACCUCUUAACUUGAUCACAGAUUCUGCUUCAGUUGCUAAUGUAGUUAUGAGAUUAGAAGGGUCAGUUUUAAAAGAUGUUAUUAAUGAUACUUUAUAUUGUUGGCUUUUAUGUCUUUAUACAACU